AUGUCAUUUAGGCCAAGGUCAAACUCUCUGACUACCAAGAAGGCUGCAUCGUAUCAAUCGUACUUUGCUAAGGUCCUAGCAAAGAGAUUGAAAUAUUUAAAUAAUAUUAAUGCGUUAUUGGCCAUUAUUAUUUCAAUCAGUCUAAGCUUACCAUAUGGCAGAUUUUGGUGGAACUUUUUAUUAGCUUUCAUAUUACGUGGUCCUUUGAUAUUUAUUGCAUUGUUCACUAUCAAACUUGCUAGAGACAACAAUUCAACUGUGGAAUUUUCGACAUUCAAAACAUUAGGUUUGCAAGUUGCUAAAACCUUGUUAUCAAGAAAAUUUGUAUUGAAUUCCAUUUUCUACGGUAUAUCAACAUAUAUAUUUACCUCCAUUUUCAUAUUUCAAUUACCAUUCACGUUUGAUUACUAUCUUCUUUCCAAAGAGUAUCAACAAAGACCUUUGGUUAAUGAUGAAUGGGUAUAUUAUUGGUUCUACUCGUUUUACCUUGCGAUUGCUUACAGUACUCAACAUUUGAUCUUUCAGCGUAAUAGAUUACUGUUUCAAUACGGUGUGACUAAGGUCAAACCAGAAGAUGCAUUGUUGAAGAAAGUUCCGAAGUUGAUAGGAAACACUAUUGUGCUCAAUUCUGUGAUUUGUUUUAGUGGACCCAUUUUAUACUAUUUAAUCAGAUCCUUCAUCUACAAAUUAAACUGGUUUGUGAUCAUUAUAAUAGGAUUGGACUCAAAUCUUCCUAGCUUUCGUGUUUCGUUGAAGACAAUGAUUCACCUCUCGUAUGUUUCGGCACAUAUUAUAUUUGCAUGGGAAGUCGUGAAUCAUAUUUAUAAUGUAUAUGCUACUAUUGGCUGCUUAGAUGGAAGUAAACCUAUUAGUACAUAUAGUGCUGAUCCUAUUAAUACAUUACUUUCAGGUGUUCGCAAUGUUGAACCUGAAAAUCAAUUGAGUCGCCUAACAGCUUACCAAGAAUUAGCUUAUAUUUCGACAACUAGUGAUCCUGAAGGAGUCAAGCUUCGAAAUGCUAUAUAUAAUGCACAUUCCAGAGGAGGUUUUAUUUGGCCUGCCAUUUUGGACGAAUGUUCCUUAAUUAUUAAAGAGGCAACCCUGAGGAUUAAUUAUCGUUCUGGGGCUGAUUUAAAGGCUUUGAAACAAAAUCAAAUAUAUGUCAAAGAUGAUUUCCGUACUUCACUAAAAUCUAGUGACGAAAUAUUUGGAAACUCCUUUACUUUGAGUCCAACCCCAAAUUCUCAAUCGUCUCCUAUACCAAGUAUGAAGAAAUAUGAUGAAAAGGUGGACAGCAAACAAAAUGCAAGCGUUAAAAAUAUAAAAUAUUCACCCAUAUAUAAUUUUUUCGACCUACAAAUUUGGACCCCUGUCAAGACGAUUUUUUCUUCAAAUAUUAAGAUCACAACUAAUGAAAAUUCGAAGACAAGCCUCCUCAAUUACUUUGCAAAUAUAACAAACGAGGUUAAAAAGCUCUAUUUUGAGUAUCACAACCACUUUCUCGCGACACACAUGGGGGUAUUUUUUAGAAUAACUAUUAAAAGAGAUACAGAAUCUAGAGUGGUCAAUCCCGUAAAUUUUGGCAAUGCAGUGAUUGCAAUUACAAAUUUGGUCAUACAUGCAAUAGAAGAAGAUAAGAACUCUACUGUCACAAAUAAUCAUAUUUCGGAAAUCUUAACUCUCCUCGAAAGACCAAUUAGAGCUUGUAGUAACUAUACUGACUUGCUUCCUACCAGUGUCUAUUUGACUCAAGAACAAAAGAGAGAUAAAAACUUAACUAAGAACCAUUUAAUAGCUUUGUUACAUGAUUUGACUAUGAAUGAAUUUUUCCAGGUUUGUAUUAAGUAUAAUUAUAAAUUAAAUGAUUUGGUCUUAUCAUCAAGAGCCUUUAAGUUAGCUAAAUGGGUUAUUGAUGUGGCUAUUGCUCAAGAACAACAGAAGCAUAAAGGUAAACAAGGGGCAGCUUUAAGUAUGCAAAUUUAG